AUGGAAGACGGAGCUGGUUCUGAUCAGCCUGUUGCAUCUCGCGAGCUCGCUCGCGGCAGUCUUCUCGACGAGGCCAUCAACGCGCAGAUAGUCGAGAGGAUCCGCGCAUAUUUUCGAUGGCAGAGGCUCGUGAGUCACUGGAGCCCAUUUGAACGUGCUGGUUGGCAUGAUGCGCUUGAAGCUGCCAGCUGACCUCUUGUUGGCCACAUGCAACAGUUGAGAUCCGCCGUCGAGCACAUGCGAACGCUCGGAUUUGAUGUUCAUCUGUCCGACUUUGACUGGUCGCCCAGCGGCAUCUACGAUGCCCAUUUGCGUCUGAAUGAAGUGAUUUACGUGCGUUGGUCUCAGCUUCGGGAUGCUCUUUUUCUCAUCAUGUCGAUCGCAACGCGUGCACUUGUGCCCUCGACCGAUUCGCAAUGAUGAGCGUAUGUUUGUGGCGCUUAAGAGAAGAGGCAACAUUUAGCACGAGAUCUCUUACUCGAUCCAGUUCGCGCGCGAGGAGAGCAGGCACAUCGCAUCACAUCUUCGACCCGCCAUUUAUUGAUGCUUUCGUCCUGCUCCUCCCCGCUCCCCUUUGCCCAUCCCACUCGCAGGAGCGCGACGAGGCGAAAUGGCGUCGAAAGGUGAGUAACGGAGAGUUAAUGUUGGAUCACAAAGUGCCCUUUUCGGUGUCACUCAAAUUAUUGCGCUCAUCGCCGCUCGCAGCUAGGAAAUUUGAUGAGGACUUCUCAUUUCGAGGGCUUGGCGCUACACUUGUCCGACGUCCUAGUCUUCGGGACAGACGGUCAUCCAAAUUUUCGCGACUCUUAUCACAAGGCUUUGACUAUAUAGAGGUGCGUAAUGACUGUUUCAGGUCUUCCUGACCACGUGUCUGUGAUGGGUGAUGGAUAUCAAGCGUGGGCUUCGUGCGGUCUGCGAAGGUGCAAGAGCUCCGGCUGACACUCCUCCAUGACAAAUUGCAGACCGCCCUCGAGCGAAGGGAAAGGGACGAGGCAGUGCGCAACACCAUCCGCAGGUGGUUCGCCGCGAUUUCUGUCGCAUUUUUCGCGGUUUUCUUGUACGGGGCCUCGAAAGUGAUAGUCUGA